CUUAAAGAUUUCAUUAUACUUUAUUUUUUGGUUUGCGACAGCAAAAAAUAUUUUUUUUUUGUUUACUCGUCUGAACUUUUUUUUUCGUUCAACAAUAAAUCUAUUUUUUGUCAAGAACCGAAAAUUUUUUGUUGUGAGUGAAAUUAAUAUUUUUUGUGACAAUUCAUUUGAAAGAUAAAUAAACGAUAUACAUAAGAAGAAAAAAAAAUAUAAAAUUGAGUGUCGCAUAUGACGAACUUCAAAUGUGGGUGUUAUGAACUACUACUACAUAACAAUCAGCCGCGCUCGACCCCGAGGAAGAGAGCUAGCAACAACAAAAUAAAUAAUAAUAUAUAAAAAUUAAAUCAUUCACACAAUAAAGAUUUUUUUUUUCGUAUGAUAUUAUUCUCACAUGUACACACAGAGAGAGAGAGUAAAUUUUUUGACACAUGAUUGAUUAACGUUCUUUUUUUUUGAUGAAGUUUCAAUUGAACCUUUUGAGUCGGUAGUGUCGAUGACGAGUGAAAAGUUAUUUUUACAGCUGGAAUCAAAAGGAGUGAAUAGAAGUAGCUGCUACUUUAUUUAAUUAAUGGAUUAUCAUCAAUAAUUAUUUGAAGAAUUUGAUUAUUUUUUAAAGUGAGUGACAAUUGACACAUUUCACAAUUUGUGCAAAAUAAAAUAAAAGUCCGGUAAAAGUCGAACGGAAAUUAGAAAUAAUAAAAGUGUCUAAAAAUAACAAAUCGUGACUCAAUAAGGCUUACUAUUUUUACAUUUAUUAAACUUUGAACUUGUAACACAGAAAAAUAAGAAUUUUAAAAUCGUAUAAAUUGAUUUUUUUUUUCGGGGGGAACUUUAAAGAAUUAAUAAAUUAACUUAUUUUUUUUUGUAAUCCAACUUGCAAGUGACCUUCAUGAUUGAACUCGAACUCCGCGCGCAAAAAAUAAAAUAUUAAAAUAAAUAAAAAAAAAAUUGAAAGAUCACGAAUUUUCAUAAGCACAUAGAAUAUUUAAGUUAUAGCCGAGGUGAAACAAGGCAUAAGGAAAAAAAAUUAAUUAAUCGGCAGUAACAGUGAGAAGUGGAAGUACAUAGAAAUUAUAUACAAUUAUUAUCGGCCGAGAAAGAAUUCGUGAAAAUUGAGAAAGGCAAUUUUAACAAUAUUUAAGUGAAUUGACUACCUUAUUCCAUAGCCACAGCGAAAUCAUCAGUAAAACGAGGAAAAAAAAUUAUUUUGAACUUUGAACUUGCUCGAGCUCCUCAAUCUUAAACUUUAUAUGUGAGAAUUUGUCGAACUUAACCUCCGUGAAAGAGCAAUUAAGAAAAAAAUACGUGAUUUUCUUCUAAGUGCAAUUAAUGUGUAUGGUUAUAAUUUUUUUUUGCUGAACUGAUAAGAGCUAGCGAGGAGAAAAAACUACAUAAAAAAAGUUAUACGAUAAGGGACUUUUUUUUUUCUGUGUCGAGGCGAUUCUCGCUCUGUUGUGAAAAAUUGAAGCGACGAAAAAAAUAAGAAAUAAGAAAAAUAAUUUAGUGAACUUAAAGUGCUCGACACUGUACACUGUUUACUAGUGAAGAAAAUAAAUAUAUAUAAAGGUUAAAAAUACCUAAAGAGCCGUGAGGUGACUCUUUUUUGUACACAACAUCGAAAGCGAUAAAUUAAAAACUUGUAAAGAGACUCAAGUCGAGUGAAUGUGUUAAUAAGUGACACAUCUACGUAAAAAAUAUAAAAAAUAUAUAAAGUAAUACUCUUCAAACAUGAGGGAACUAGAUACUGAAGCGCCCGUUGUUUGGCCAGCUUGGUGUUAUCAAUCAGGAUUUCCAGCUGCUCAGUUUUCACCGGAUCAGUCGAUAUUUGGUGAAAUAACAUCAGAAUCAUCGCCUCAAACUGCCUCAUCACCAUCAUUACAAAUAUCGCCACAUGGAGCAUCGGUGAACGGUAAUUUGAGUAACAGUGAAAAUCACAAAAAUGCUCGCGCCAAACGAAAACCCAUUCACAAUACACUCCAAUAUUCCGUUGAUAAAAUGCUUAAUGAGCGCAAUAAACAAAUUGAAAAUAAUAACAAAAAUUUUUUACACAAUAAUAAUAAUAAUUAUAAUGGUAAUUUGGUGAUUAACAAUAAUAGUGUGCCACCAAUGACCGCUGUUAGUCCAUUUGGCGAUAAACUUAUUAAAAGCUCAUCAGAUAGUAAUAUGAACUUUAUUAAAAAUGGUCAAUUAUCACCAGCGACGGCACAAAAACUUAGUCAAAUUACGUCGUUGAGUAAGUUGAGCAAUGGAAUUAAUAAUGGCAAUAAGACAAAUGGUAAUGGACCUGUGAAAACCGAGAGACUUAGUCCGCCAUUAAUCAACGAUUUAUCAAUAUAUAGACCACGAAGUGUAACACCACAGUCACAUAAUCAUAUUGGAACAGUAACACCGCCACAGACAGCACAACCAAAUAAUUUGAUGAGUAAUCCAAAUAUCAAUUCAUUGUUGUCAGCAUCGACGACACAUCUGGGGAAUGGUAACAACGGUGGCAAUACACAACGUUCAGAGCUUCCGCCACUUAAUUAUUCCGAUAUGAUGAGAACACUAGCUGCCAAAUAUAAUAAUAACAAUAACAAUAAUAGCAAUAUCAAUUCCAAUGACUUAUCUACACCCAAAAAUACAUUUAUGGACUCUAGAAUCAAAUCAAGUCGCGACACAUCAAUAUCGUUGGACAAAAAGCCAAGCUCGCCUCCACAAAUUCCAUCAAAUCAAAAUCUCCUCACAUCUUUAUUCUCAAGUCUUCAGUUCAAUCAAAAUAACAUUUUCAAUCCAAUGCUCGAUAUGGGAAGCACGAGGGCAUUGGUGCUACUUGCGAGAGCAGCACAAGAAGCAGAAAUGCAAAAAUUAAUUAAAGACGCCGACAAGCCACGUAAACUUCCCAACCUCAAUAAUUUUCCAUCAACGUCAACACAGAUGCCAAAUUUAGGUAGUUUUAAUAAUUUUAAUCCGUUCCCCGCCCUCUCAAAUCUCCAAGCGCUUCAUCAACUUUCAACACGAUCACCACCUGCACCACCAGUUGGAUCACAAAUACCAUCAGCAUCAUCAACAACAACAACAACAACAAAUAUUCCAUACAAAAGUCCAAUCAAUGAUAACAAUCCAACGAUGGGUGUCUCACCACUUGAUCUCAGUUCAUCAAGUACGCCACCACUUGCAAAGCGAAUCAAAUUAUCGCCAACAACAACGGAAGCACAACGGCAACAGCAAGCGACAUCGCCCAAUGUCACAACGACAAACAAUCAAUUAACAACGUCAACAUCAGGUUUCAGUACUUCAUCGUCCAGUAGCAGUAGUACAACAAGUAAUAAUAGCGAGCAAACAGCUACAAUACAGUCAACACAACGUAAAUGCCAAAUGAAAAUUGAUGAAAUUAAUGCAUGGAAUGUGGAUGAAGUGUGCAGUUUUGUUGAAAGCAUUGCAAUUUGCGUUGAAUAUGUUAAGAAUUUCCGAGAGCAAAGCAUCGACGGUGAAGGCUUAAUGAUGCUAACAGAAGAACAUUUAAUUAAUAUUUUGGGAAUGAAACUUGGACCAGCACUCAAGCUAAGAUCAAAGCUGUUAAAAAGACUUAAUCAGCCAUGCAAUUGCACGACUUGCAACUCAUUGAACAUCACAUCAAACGUUGGUGAUGAGAAUUUAAUUGACACAAAGAGCUUCUUAAAAAUGACAAUUCCACGAGAAUUUUCAGGCAGUGCUGACUCUGUCAAAUUUUGAUAACGGUUCUUCAUCAUCUUUUGUAAUUCAUCCCACCAAAAUAUUUUUAUUUUUUAUUAUUAUUUCAUUUAACUUUUUUUUAUUGAUUCAUUGACUUAACAGAAACUAACAUAAAGUGAUAACAUAAAAAAAAUUAUUAAAAUAUAUUGAUUAGAUUUUUUUGAAUAUUUUUGCAUUAUUAAUGAUUAAUAAUUUUAGAAAAUUAAGGAAUGUACUUAAUACAAGAACUGUUAAAUUUUUUUUAUAGAUUAAUAAUUAUCAUAUUUAGGAUUAUGCUAUUAAAUAAAUAUAAUUUCAAUAGUCAAUUUA